UAUACAACCAUCAUAAUCAAAAUCCACAUUCUGAUACUCACUCAUCCUUUAGGGCUCGGUCAGAAGUGUGAAACAUCACUCUUUUCUCUGUUAUACUUGACGGGACGUUGGAAAAAAUGGAAAAAGCUGUGAUCAGCAUCCUCCUGGGAGUCUUUUCAGGUUUAACUAGUGGAGUUGGUUUGUUGCCAGAUGGUCCUCUGAAUGGAGCUGUUGGAGAGACAGUGAUGUUUACCACGGUGAAUCCACCAGAGAGUCCAUUUGUAUCAACUAACUGGACGUUUGGGGACAAACUAAUAAUCGUUUCAAAUAUUCAAAACUACACUUCUCCUGAAUAUGAGGGAAGAAUCACCUUCUUCCCCUCCACUGGAUCUCUGGAGCUCAGGAGUCUGUCUCUCAAUGACAGUGGAGAAUACACAGUCAGGAUUACUACUGGGAUGGAGUUUGAAGGCAGAACCACACUGAGAGUUUAUGAGAGAAUAUCAGAUCCUUCUAUCACAUCAUCACCAAAGGAGGCAAUAGAGGGGAACUCUGUCAACUUAACCUGUGACGCUGCUGGCUCCGUGUUUACCAGAAAGUGGAUGAAGGAUGGAUCUGAUCUAAAUCAAGCUGACAUUAUACUUUACGAUAACAACAGAGUUCUGUCUUUUCAACGUCUAAAUAAAACAGACAGAGGAGAAUAUUCCUGUAAUAUCAGCAACCCCAUCAACUCCAUGGAAGCUAAACACGUCUUGGUUGUGAACUACGGACCAGAAAACACUCAAAUCAAAGGCCAGCAUCACAUAUCUUUGGGAGACACCUUCACAUUAUCCUGUGAUGCCAAGUCUGAACCACCUGCAAACUUCACCUGGUUACUGAAUGGGACAGAGAUACUCAAUUCUCCUGAGUACACUAAAAAGAACGCUGAAGCGUCAGACAGUGGAAACUACACCUGUCAAGCAAAGAAUAUCAUAACUGGAAGAUCAUCUUCUUCAGUGCAUGGAGUGACUGUAACAGAGAGAAUAUCAGAUCCUUCGAUCACAUUGUCACCAAAGGAGGCAAUAGAGGGGAACUCUGUCAACUUAACCUGUGACGCUGCUGGCUCCGUGUUUACCAGAAAGUGGAUGAAGGAUGGAUCUGAUCUAAAUCAAGCUGACAUUAUACUUUACGAUAACAACAGAAUUCUGUCUUUUCAACGUCUAAAUAAAACAGACAGAGGAGAAUAUUCCUAUAAUAUCAGCAACCCCAUCAACUCCAUGGAAGAUAAACACGUCUUGGUUGUGAACUAUGGACCAGAAAACACUCAAAUCAAAGGCCAGCAUCUCAUAUCUUUGGGAGACACCUUCACAUUAACCUGUGAUGCCGAGUCUGAACCACCUGCAAACUUCACCUGGUUACUGAAUGGGACAGAGAUACUCAAUUCUCCUGAGUACACUAAAAAGAACGCUGAAGUGUCCGACAGUGGAAACUACACCUGUCAAGCACAGAAUAUCAUAACUGGAAGAUCAUCUUCUUCAGUGUAUGGAGUGACUGUAACAGAGAGAAUAUCAAAUCCUUCUAUCACAUCAUCACCAAAGGAGGCAAUAGAGGGGAACUCUGUCAACUUAACCUGUGACGCUGCUGGCUCCGUGUUUACCAGAAAGUGGAUGAAGGAUGGAUCUGAUCUAAAUCAAGCUGACAUUAUGCUUUACGAUAACAACAGAGUUCUGUCUUUUCAACGUCUAAAUAAAACAUACAGAGGAGAAUAUUCCUGUAAUAUCAGCAACCCCAUCAACUCCAUGGAAGCUAAACACGUCUUGGUUGUGAACUAUGGACCAGAACACGUUCAGAUCGAAGGCCAGCAUCACAUAUCUUUGGGAGACACCUUCACAUUAACCUGUGAUGCCGAGUCUGAACCACCUGCAAACUUCACCUGGUUACUGAAUGGGACAGAGAUACUCAAUUCUCCUGAGUACACUAAAAAGAACGCUGAAGCGUCAGACAGUGGAAACUACACCUGUCAAGCAAAGAAUAUUAUAACUGGAAGAUCAUCUUCUUCAGGACAUGGAGUGACUGUAACAGAGAGAAUAUCAAAUCCUUUAAUCACAUCGUCAUCAAAGGAGGCAAUAGAGGGGAACUCUGUCAACUUAACCUGUGACGCUGCUGGCUCCGUGUUUACCAGAAAGUGGAUGAAGGAUGGAUCUGAUCUAAAUCAAGCUGACAUUAUACUUUACGAUAACAACAGAGUUCUGUCUUUUCAACGUCUAAAAAAAACAGACAGAGGAGAAUAUUCCUGUAAUAUCAGCAACCCCAUCAACUCCAUGGAAGCUAAACACGUCUUGGUUGUGAACUAUGGACCAGAAAACACUCAAAUCAAAGGCCAGCAUCACAUAUCUUUGGGAGACACCUUCACAUUAACCUGUGAUGCCGAGUCUGAACCACCUGCAAACUUCACCUGGUUACUGAAUAGGACAGAGAUACUCAAUUCUCCUGAGUACACUAAAAAGAACGCUGAAGCGUCAGACAGUGGAAACUACACCUGUCAAGCAAAGAAUAUUAUAACUGGAAGAUCAUCUUCUUCAGUGCAUGGAGUGACUGUAACAGAGAGAAUAUCAAAUCCUUCUAUCACAUCGUCAUCAAAGGAGGCAAUAGAGGGGAACUCUGUCAACUUAACCUGUGACGCUGCUGGCUCCGUGUUUACCAGAAAGUGGAUGAAGGAUGGAUCUGAUCUGAAUCAAGCUGACAUUAUACUUUACGAUAACAACAGAGUUCUGUCUUUUCAACGUCUAAAAAAAACAGACAGUGGAGAAUAUUCCUGUAAUAUCAGCAACCCCAUCAACUCCACGGAAGCUAAACACGUCUUGGUUGUGAACUAUGGACCAGAAAACACUCAAAUCGAAGGCCAGCAUCUCAUAUCUUUGGGAGACAACUUCACAGUAACCUGUGAUGCCAAGUCUGAACCACCUGCAAACUUCACCUGGUUACUGAAUGGGACAGAGAUACUCAAUUCUCCUGAGUACACUAAAAAGAACGCUGAAGCGUCAGACAGUGGAAACUACACCUGUCAAGCACAGAAUAUCAUAACUGGAAGAUCAUCUUCUUCAGCGCAUGGAGUGACUGUAACAGAGAGAAUAUCAAAUCCUUCUAUCACAUCAUCAUCAAAGGAGGCAAUAGAGGGGAACUCUGUCAACUUAACCUGUGACGCUGCUGGCUCCGUGUUUACCAGAAAGUGGAUGAAGGAUGGAUCUGAUCUGAAUCAAGCUGACAUUAUACUUUACGAUAACAACAGAGUUCUGUCUUUUCAACGUCUAAAAAAAACAGACAGAGGAGAAUAUUCCUGUAAUAUCAGCAACCCCAUCAACUCCAUGGAAGAUAAACACGUCUUGGUUGUGAACUAUGGACCAGAAAACACUCAAAUCGAAGGCCAGCAUCUCAUAUCUUUGGGAGACAACUUCACAGUAACCUGUGAUGCCAAGUCUGAACCACCUGCAAACUUCACCUGGUUACUGAAUGGGACAGAGAUACUCAAUUCUCCUGAGUACACUAAAAAGAACGCUGAAGCGUCAGACAGUGGAAACUACACCUGUCAAGCAAAGAAUAUCAUAACUGGAAGAUCAUCUUCUUCAGCGCAUGGAGUGACUGUAACAGAGAGAAUAUCAAAUCCUUCUAUCACAUCGUCAUCAAAGGAGGCAAUAGAGGGGAACUCUGUCAACUUAACCUGUGAGGCUGCUGGCUCCGUGUUUACCAGAAAGUGGAUGAAGGAUGGAUCUGAUCUAAAUCAAGCUGACAUUAUACUUUACGAUAACAACAGAGUUCUGUCUUUUCAACGUCUAAAUAAAACAUACAGAGGAGAAUAUUCCUGUAAUAUCAGCAACCCCAUCAACUCCAUGGAAGAUAAACACGUCUUGUUUGUGAACUAUGGACCAGAACACGUUCAGAUCGAAGGCCAGCAUCUCAUAUCUUUGGGAGACAACUUCACAUUAUCCUGUGAUGCCAAGUCUGAACCACCUGCAAACUUCACCUGGUUACUGAAUGGGACAGAGAUACUCAAUUCUCCUGAGUACACUAAAAAGAACGCUGAAGCGUCAGACAGUGGAAACUACACCUGUCAAGCAAAGAAUAUCAUAACUGGAAGAUCAUCUUCUUCAGUGCAUGGAGUGACUGUAACAGAGAGAAUAUCAAAUCCUUCUAUCACAUCAUCACCAGAGGAGGCAAUAGAGGGGAACUCUGUCAACUUAACCUGUGACGCUGCUGGCUCCGUGUUUACCAGAAAGUGGAUGAAGGAUGGAUCUGAUCUAAAUCAAGCUGACAUUAUACUUUACGAUAACAACAGAGUUCUGUCUUUUCAACGUCUAAAAAAAACAGACAGAGGAGAAUAUUCCUGUAAUAUCAGCAACCCCAUCAACUCCAUGGAAGCUAAACACGUCUUGUUUGUGAACUAUGGACCAGAAAACACUCAAAUCAAAGGCCAGCAUCUCAUAUCUUUGGGAGACACCUUCACAUUAUCCUGUGAUGCCGAGUCUGAACCACCUGCAAACUUCACCUGGUUACUGAAUGGGACAGAGAUACUCAAUUCUCCUGAGUACACUAAAAAGAACGCUGAAGCGUCAGACAGUGGAAACUACACCUGUCAAGCACAGAAUAUCAUAACUGGAAGAUCAUCUUCUUCAGUGCAUGGAGUGACUGUAACAGUAUUCUCUGCAGUAACAUCAAGCUGUAGUGGUGGUUGUAUUGCUGGAAUAGUAAUUGCAUGUUUGGUGAUCCCUGGAGCAGCUGCUGCUGCAGGAUACUUUAUCUACAAAAAGAAAGCCAACAACAAACCUCAGCAAAAAGGGACAGAUAAACUACAACAACCAAAACAAGAAGAUGUUAAUGAGAACACAUCAACAGUAUAUGAAAACACAUCAAUGGUAUAUGAGAAUAUAUCAAUGGUAUAUGACAACACAUGUACGGUAUAUGAGAACACAUCAACGGUAUAUGAGGACACAUUAAGGGUAUACGAGUGUAUAUAAACUCAGCUGUCUUUUGAAGGUAAAUUGAACUUGUGCCAUGAGGAUACAUGUAUCAUGAAGAUGGAGCACCAGAAGGAAUUUGUCCUCAGAGACUUCAUUAUCAUGAAGUCAAAGCACUUUGUAAACAUCUGUUUUAAAAGUGAUAUUAGUAUAUAAAAACAGAUGUUUGUAUAUACAGUGUAUAUAUUGUUCUUUUAGGUAAUUCUUUUAUUUAAUACGUUUUUAACUUUCUGAGGCCAUAACCGCUCAGCUUAGGAUGCUGUUAAUAAGAGCUGAUCAGUUAGUGGUUGUAGGCAGUGUUGAAGAGGUGAGUUUUCAGGGAUAAAUUAAACUUAGCAUGGGCUUCUACACUGUAGCAAUCCUUUAUGAGACAAUACGUUCUUAGUUUUGGUUUGCACCAUAUAUCUACAGACCAUUUCUCUUUGUACAUAACAAACAUAUUAUUCUUUAUCUCCUGAAUGUCACAAAUUAACUUAUUCAGAAAAAUAAAGGACAUAUUAUUCAUAUGGAAUACAGAUUUUAUCUCCUUUGCCCAUGGGUGACAAUGACAGGCAUCCCAAAUAAAAAUAUAUUUUUUGAGUGUCUGAUCCAACACCUUUACAAGUCUGAUCCAAAGCCGAAGCAUUUCACAUUUAUGUCUGAUGUUUGGAGGCUCCCAUCCCAUAUCUCCACUCACAGCGAGGACUGGCGUUGAUUUAUGGACUCCCAAGAAGCACCUCAGAGCUCUCUGAUGUACAGAAUUGCAAAUUAGAUGUUCCAGGAACCCCCAGACACCAGAAGCAUAGUCAGACACUGGACACACACAUGAAUGAUAGAGUUUUGUAUAAGUCUGAAAUCCCAGAUUACCACAGUGUUUAACUUUGUUCAGUACAGAUCCCAGAGCUCGACCAGCUGACUGAGUCAAAACACUCAUAGCUUCAUGUGUUCAUCCAAUGUCAAGCCAAGAUAUUUAUAUUGAUCAGCAUAUGAUAGCACUGUUGUACCUAAAUUAAAAAUAAAUGGACUUCUUACUAAUGAUUUUUGCCUGAAAUGUACUACUUGUGUUUUGUCUUCAUUUGCCACUAGUCUCCAUUUCAAGCACCACUCUGCAACAAUAUUCAUCAUAAUCUGUAAAUCAUCUUCAUCUUCAGCCAGUAGAACUACAUCAUCCGCAUAUAAUAAUAUUCCAACCACUUUAACUCCCACAUCAGAGGUUUUCAUUUGAAGAGCUAAAUCGUUGAUGUAAAUAGAGAACAAUGUCGGAGACAAAACAUCUCCUUGCUUCACUCCAAAUUGUUGAGGAAACCAUCCAGUUGUGUAUUCAUUAACCUGGACGCAGGCAACAGGUGCUUGAUAAAGAGACUUCACAGCGGAAUAAAAUUUCCCAUUCACACCAGCACUUAACCUAUAUUGUAGAAGCUCCCUAUUUAUCCAGUCAAACGCCUUCUUGUAAUCAAUGAAACAAGCAAACGUUGAUCUCUUUUCCUUCAUUCUAGCACGUAUUAUUGAGGUGACUACAUAUACAUGAUCAAUACAUGCUCUAGCUUUUCUGAAUCCAUUUUGCUCAUCCACCAGAACACCUGUUCUCUCAAGGUGGUCAACUAGUCUGCAGUUUAAAAUAGAAGAAUACAAUUUGAUACAACUAAUAAGACUUAUACCCUUGUAAUUGAGUGGUAUCCUAGGAUAAUUUUUUGAAGAUUUGUGGAUUGGUUUAAUGAUAGUUUUGUGCCACUGAAAAGGAAUCAUGCUAUUAUCAAAACAGAACUGAAAUAACUCAUAUAAUAUACUGAACAGCUUUGGAGACUUAAGCACUUCGUUUGAAAUUUCGUCAAUUCCGGUAGCUUUUUUCAAUUUGCAUUUUUGUAUUACAAUUUCUACCUCCUCUACUGAAAAAAUUUAAUUCAAAAACCUAUUACUAUUAUUUACAUCAGAUAACAUUUCAGACUCCAUUACCUCUUGUAAGCUGAUUGUUUCCUUCAAGAAAGCAUCAUCAAAUGAAUCAUUGCACCUAGAGAACAGAUCUGCAAAAUCUUUUUCCCAUUUAUCUAGUAAAAUUCUUAAAUCAGAAGUACAUUCCCCGCUCUCUAGUUUCAUUUCCAUAGGAAUUGCACUAGACUUUCAAGACCCUAAUCUAUUAAUUUCAUUCCAAAACUGUUGGGGAUUGUGGGUUUGAAGGUGAUCAAUGUGCAAUGAAAGGCCUCUAUUAAACUUGAGUUUCACUGUG